AUGCCACCACUUGUCGGAGGAGAUCUCCGAUGGACAGAUGGACGAAGAGCCCGCAGUGGCCAAGUGCCAAUUUCUGUGAACUAUCAUUUCUCUCGGGUUUGCAAUAAAGAGUGUAUUUUUUGCUUCCACACCGCAAUCACGUCACAUAUUGAGAGUAUAGAGAAUGCAAAAAAGGGUCUCUUACUCCUGAAGCAAGCUGGCAUGAAGAAGAUCAACUUUGCUGGUGGAGAGCCUUUUCUCCAUCCAAAGUUUCUUGGUGCAAUGAUCGAUUUCUGCAAAGACGCCCUUUGCUUAGAGUCUAUCUCCAUUGUCACGAAUGGCAGUCUCGUGAGGGAGUCAUUCCUUCGCAAUCAUGGUCAUAACAUCGACAUUCUAGCUGUCAGCUGCGAUUCGUUCAACGAAGCCACAAACAUCAAAAUCGGCCGUGGAUCCGGCAAUCAAGUUGCAAAGCUAUACGAAAUUGCCGCCUGGUGCCAGAAAUACAACAUCAAGUUCAAGCUAAACACAGUGGUGAACAAAUUCAACCACUUGGAGAACAUGAACAAGCAUAUCGGUGCCCUUCAGCCAUUCCGAUGGAAGUGCUUUCAAGUGCUGAUUGUUGCUGGAGAGAAUGAUUCCGAUGAUACUCUUCGCAACGCAAAAAGUCUUGUCAUUUCUGACGAUGAAUUUGACCAAUAUUGCCAGAGACACGGCGACCAAAAGUGUCUAGUACCAGAGCCCAACAGGCUAAUGGCAAAAUCCUACUUGAUCCUUGACGAAUACAUGCGGUUCUUGGACAGGGACGGCAAGCAGCCAUCAAAGUCCAUCUUGGAGGUUGGUGUUAAAGACGCUCUAAAGGCCGUCUUCUGGGAUGAGGCAGCAUUUCUUGAACGAGGAGGCAUCUACGACUGGAACAAGUCAUCUUGUUCUUCGGAUAAUAAGGAACUGGAGUGGUGA